AGUGGCAACUGGGGGAUAUAUAAAGGCAGGAGAACCUCAGCCAGCUCAAAAGAAACUCCUGGAGCUAGUGGUGUUCUCCCCCCUCCUGCCUUCACGUGAUUCAGCUUCCCCACGCCGGGAAGCCGAAGAAAUCCUCGCUGUGCGAGAUGGCUGCCGGCAGCUGCCUCCUCCUCCUCCUCCUGCCCUGGCUGGUCACAGCCUCGCACAGCCCCCCCGGCUGCAAGAUCCGGAUUACUUCCAAGGGGCUGGACUUGGUGAAGCAGGAGGGGCUGCGCUUCGUGGAGCAGGAGCUGCAGAACAUCACGAUUUCAGACCUACACGGGAAAGAGGGGCAGUUCCACUACAACAUCAGCCAGGUCAGGGUGACGGAUCUGCAUCUGGCGUCUUCAGACCUGAACUUCCAGCCCCAGCAGCACCUCGUCUUCAACAUCAACAAUGCUUCCAUCAGCCUGCGCUUCCGCAGGCAGCUGCUCUACUGGUUCUUCUACGACAUCGGGUCCAUCAACGCCUCUGCGGACGGUGUCCACAUCUACACGGUGCUGCGGCUGGCCAAGGACGAGGCUGGGCGCCCCAAGAUCUCCAACAUCACCUGCAACGCCUCCAUUGCCAGAAUGCACGCCGGCUUCUCCGGCACACUCAGGAAGGUCUAUGAGUUCCUGAGCACCUUCAUCAUCACAGGGAUGCGCUACCUCCUCAGCCAGCAGAUCUGCCCGUCCCUGGAGCACGCCAGCCUGGUGCUGCUGAACUCCUUGCUGGACACGGUGCCCGUGAGGAACUAUGUGGACGAGCACAUCGGGAUUGACUACUCCCUCCUGCGGGAUCCAUCCAUCUCCAGUGACAACCUUGACCUCGACUUCAAGGGCAUGUUCUUCCCCCGGGUGAGAGAGGACCAGGAGCUGGAGAACCACGCAGUGGAGCCGGUGAUCAAGGAGACUGAACGCAUGGUCUACGUUGCCUUCUCCGAGUACUUCUUCGACUCGGCCAUGCUCUCGUACUUCCAGGCGGGAGUGCUGAACAUCGAGCUCCAGGGGGAGAAGGUGCCCAAGGACCUGGAGGUUUUGCUGAGAGCCACCUUCUUCGGGACCAUCUUCAUGCUGAGCCCCUCCGUGGAUGCUCCGCUGCAGCUGGUGCUGCAGGUCUCGGCUCCUCCCCGCUGCAUCAUCAAACCCUCGGGCACCUCCGUCUCUGUCUCUGCCUUCCUGAACAUCUCACUGGUGCCCCCGGACCGCCCGCCCGUCCAGCUCUCCAGCAUGGCCAUGGAAACCAAGCUGAGUGCCAAGGUGUUUCUGCAAGGGAAGGCACUGCGCGUGCAGCUGGACCUGCGACGGUUUCGCAUCUACUCCAAGCAGUCAGCGCUGGAGUCGCUGGCGCUGUUCUCCCUGCAGGCCCCGCUGAAGACCCUCCUGCAGCUGACCAUCAUGCCCAUCAUCAACGAGAGGACAAAGAAGGGAGUGCAGAUUCCCCUGCCCGAAGGCAUGGACUUCACCAGGGAGGUGGUCACCAACCACGCGGGAUUCCUCACAGUGGGAGCUGAUCUCCACUUCUCCAAGGGGCUGCGUGAGGUGAUUGACAAAUACCGCCCUGUGCCCACUGCCGCUGCCUAUCCCAGCUCCCAGCCCGCAGAGCCCACAGAGCCCAGCCUGGACCCCAGCUCACUGUAGCUCUUCUCCCCGGACCAAGGGCAGAUCCUGGGCUGGACCCAUAGACUGUAGGUAGGAAGCAGCUUCCCUGGUUACCACUGGCACGUCCUCAGGGUGCCCAUGCCCUGGAGGGGUGCAGCAAGGUGGAGAGGGACGCUCUGGGAAACCCUGCUGCACCCAUUCUUGUUACACUAAUAAACCACUCGCCUCCAAAUGUA